AUGGCGGAGGGGGGCAGCGAUCGGGGGGUAACGGCGGGUCGGUGGUUGUUGCCCGCCUCUUCCCCGCCUUCCUCCUCCUCCUUCUCCUCCUCCUCCUCCUCCUCCUUCUUCUUCCCGGGUAGGAAAGUUUCGGCGGAGCAAGCCCCGGGCCGGGUUUUUAGCAGCCUGGCUCCAUCGGUACGGCAACUUUCGCUUCGUUUUAGCGAACCGGAGCCAACGGGCCCGGUUCAUGCCGGGGUUCAAUCAUCGUCUCCGUUUUUACCGUCGCCACCGUCGUUGUCAUCGCCGUCGCCGUCGUCGCCGGGCCCGGGGUUAAGCGAGGAGCCACCGCCUUGGCCCAGCGUCCCGGCGAUGCGGAAACUCUUCGGGGAAAGCUGCCGCCAACCUACCGGGGGUGGAGGUGGAACCAGUAAUGGUGGUGGGGCAACGACCGGGAUGGGAAACGGGAACGGGCUUGGAAGCGGAGGAACUGGCAACGGAAGAGUUCCGCCACCUCCUCCACCCCGCAGCCGUGUCCCGCACCCGGUUCUUCUUCGUUCUCCCCGCGGAGCUCCGCCGGAGCCCGGCCCGCAUUCCUGGCAUAACUCGACUCGACCGCAACCACCCUCCUCCUCCUCCCCAUCACCCCGCGCCAACAACGGAGAGGACGAACCAGCAGCAUCCCGCUCUCCCCGCGCCUCGUCGGGCAGCGAGGGCGAAGGGCAGAGCGGCGUCCCCCGGCACCGCGCCGCCCGCAAGAAGAAGAAGGAGAGCGGUGGCUGGGAGAGCCCGGCGGGUGAUGGUGGUGGUGGCGGUGAGGCUGAAGGCUGCGGAAGGGUGGUCCCACCUCGUCAUCCCUUACCCGCGGUUGCCCGGGUCUCCAAGGUGAACAUCCUGCCUUUCAGCAGCCCCGGCGGGUCGCGGGGCGGCAGUCGUUACUCCAGCACGGAGGCGCUGAAGGAAGAGGAGCAGUUUGGCAUUUGUUGGCCCAGCCAAGGGCGGACUCUCCCGGCGGGUGUUGGGGUCUACCGGUCGCCCAGUUUUGGGGCGAGCGAUGGCCUGGUGUGGGGACAGCCGGCGGUCCGUGCCCGUCCCAAGCUGCCUCAGGGCACAGCCAAGGCGAAACCGGACUUUGGGAGCGAGGGCCUGCAGCAGCCGAGGCUAGAAGGGGAGAGGGCCAAGCACCGCAAGUCCUUGUCCAACCCUGACAUCGCCACCGAGACCCUGACACUCCUCAGCUUCCUCAAAUCGGACCUCUCGGAGCUGAAGGUGAAGAAGAAAGGGGUGAGGAUGGGCCUUGACGCGGGCUCCGAUGGCUGCUCCAGCAUCUCCAGCCCUUCAGCGGGCAGCCACGGUGCCGCUCAGCCCCCCGGCCGCUGGGCGCCGGGCGAGCGGCCAACGCUCAAGGACCUGACGGCCACUUUGCGUCGCGCCAAGUCCUUCACCUGCUCAGACAAGUCGGGCACGCGUCGGCUGUUCCUACAGAGCACCAUGAAACAGAGCUCCUCCGAGCUCCUCCUGGCCACCACUGAUGGCCAGGACCGGGUGGCCGCGGAUGAGGGACAGAGGGGGGACGAGGAUGUUCUCCCCAUGGUCAUCCAGGACCAGUACAUCCAGGAGGCAAGGCAGGUCUUUGAGAAGAUCAGCAGGAUGGGUUCCCAGCAGGAUUAUGGCUUCACCGUUGAGCAGAAGGACAGCGGAGGUGUGGAGGGCGCCGAGGUGGCGGCACCGGUAGGGACGACGGACGUGACCCUUCGGGGACGGGCGGAGAGCACGCAGCGUUUGAAGGCAGAGGAGCUGGAGGAGAACCUUGCUUGUAGGAAAUCCAUGGAGGAGCUAUCGGGUCACGACUCGAACGUGACGGACGAGGGCAUCGUCACGGAGCUGGAACCCACAGGGGUGCCCUUCCAGGACCUGCAUGGAGCUGUGGAUGCCUGGACGCUGCCCAGUGCUGGGUCACUGGCUGGUGACACCGAAACACCACUGCCCACGCACCCGCCGGUGGCGAUCGAAGACCUCCCAGCUGGCAAACACGAGGCACCCAGCACGCCUGGCAGCUUGCGGCGUCGACGUAAGUUCCCUUCAACAGGUGCCAAUGGGAUGGAAGGUGGCAGCGAGGGUGGCACCGAACCCUACCGCUCCCUGAGCGACCCCAUGCCCCACCGGAGACACUCGGUGGCGGAGGAGGCAAAGAAUUUCUCCGUCGACAGCAACCUGCUGGGCUCACUAAGCACCAAGGUGGGCAUCCCCCAACCCGCUGCCAUGGCGGGCAGCGCAGGCAGCGCGGGCAGCGACCUGUCGCUGGGCAGCGAUGGGCCGCGGGACUACAACAGCCUGAUCCAAACCAUCGUCAGCCAGCCUGGCGCCAUGGCGAAGCUGACCGACGAGAAGGGCAACGGCAAGACCAUCAAGAAGAAGUCGCUGAGCGACCCCAGCCGCCGCGGCGAGCUGGCAGGCGGCGCCUUCGAAGGCCCCGGCGAGGCCAUCAGCGAGCUGGAGCCCAGCAUCCCUCCAUCCAGCAGCGAACCCAUCCUCUCGGCACAACCGACGGCGCCGGGCACCGGCCGCAGCUACAGCUUCGAUCCCAAGCUGGCAGAUGUGUUGUCCCCUCGCAUCGCCCGCCGCAGCUCCAAGAAGCGCUCCAACCGGGCAGCUCACCAGGAGAACCAACCCCCUCCAGCACCCGCCCUUGGCACCAAGAGCCGCCCGGCCGCCAAGCACAUCCGGCACACCAGCGAGCCUGCCACCUUCGUCCCCAUCACCGUCCCCGAGCUGCUCGGCCCCUCCAGCCACCUCCCUGCGCCAGCUGCCAGCCGCUCGCCCGGCAAAGCCUUCCCGACCCUGCAGCCUCCUUCACUGGAGGAUGUCACCAAGCGGUACAUGCUGGCCCUCAACUCAGGUGACAUGUCCCCUGCUCCCGGGGACAGACCUCGCUCUCCGCCCGCUGCCCCUCCGCCACGGCUGGCCCGCUGCCCACGGCCACCCGACGACCACGGCCCCAGGACCAAGCCGCAGGUGGACAUGAGGAAACACGUCAUCAUGACGCUGCUGGACACGGAGCAGUCCUACGUGGAGUCCCUGCGCACCUUGAUGCAGGGUUACAUGAAGCCACUGAAGCAACCAGAGAACUCACUGCUGUGUGACCCAUCCCUGGUGGAUGAGAUCUUUGACCAGAUCCCUGAGCUGCUGGAGCACCACGAGCAGUUCCUGGAGCAGAUCCACGACUGUGUGCAGAACUGGCACGAGAAGCAGAAAGUGGGAGACCUCCUGGUGCAGUCGUUCUCCAAGGAUGUGCUGGUCAACAUCUACUCUGCCUACAUUGAUAACUUCCUCAACGCCAAGGAUGCUGUCAGGAUUGCCAAGGAAGCCAGACCAGCAUUCAUGAAGUUCCUCGAGCAAAGCAUGCGGGAGAACAAGGAGAAGCAGGCUCUGUCCGACCUGAUGAUCAAGCCAGUGCAGAGGAUCCCACGCUACGAGCUGCUGGUGAAGGACCUGCUGAAGCACACCCCAGAGGACCACCCUGACCACCCCUUCCUCAUCGAUGCCCAACGCAACAUCAAGCAAGUGGCUGAGAGGAUCAACAAGGGCAUGAAGAGCGCGGAGGAGGUGGAGAGGAACGCCAGGAUCGUGCAGGAGAUCGAGUCCCACAUCGAAGGGAUGGAGGAUCUCCAGGCCCCACUCCGCAGGUUCCUGCGCCAGGAGAUGGUCGUGGAAGUGAAGGCAGUGGGUGGGAAGAAGGACCGCUCCUUCUUCCUCUUCACCGACCUGCUGGUGUGCACCACCUUGAAGCGCAAGUCUGGGUCCCUCCGCCGCAGCUCCAUGAGCCUGUACACAGCAGCCAGCGUGAUUGACACCGCCAGCAAGUACAAACUGCUCUGGAAGCUGCCACUGGAGGAUGUGGACAUUGUCAAAGGUGCCUCGCAAGCCACCAACAGGGAGAGCAUCCAGAAGAGCAUCUGCCGCCUGGAUGAGGACCUCAGCACCUUGGGGCAAGUCAGCAAGCUGUCAGAGAGCCUCAGCUUCCCCCACCAGAGCCUGGACGAUGUGAUCAAGGACCUGAUGGCUGCCAUCCACCGGGAGCUGGCAGAGAAGCAAUCCCUGUCCUUCAGCAUGGCCUUCCCCCCCAACAAGGUGGAGCUCAGCACCACCAAAGCUGAUGGCACCGAGUCCUUCAUCUUCGAGUUCCCCAACCCCGAUGCCCGGCUCAGCUUCGAGCAAGCCUUUGAGGAUGCCAAGAAGAAGCUGGCUGCCAGCAAAAACUGCCUGGACCCAGAGUUCCUCAAGGCCAUCCCCAUCAUGAAGACGCGGAGCGGAAUGCAGUUCUCUUGUGCUUCUCCCAGCCACGGCAGCCCGGAGAACUCCCACGAGGUUUGGGUGUGCAACAGUGAUGGCUACGUGGGGCAGGUUUGCUUGCUCAGCAUCCGCAAGGAGCCCACGGUGGAAGCCUGCAUCGCCGUCUGCUCCGCCAGGAUCCUCUGCAUCGCCUCCGUGCCCGGCCUCAAGCGAGCUCACAGCAGGGAACGUGGGGAGCCGGUGGGCAGUCCCUCCUCGGAGGUGGUCCCGGCGCAGGCGCCAGAGGAGGCAGGUCCACAGCCCUGCCUGCACAUCUCCAUCUCGGGGUCCUCGCUGGAGCUCUCGGAGCCGGUCGACGGUGGCAACAGGGAGCUGGUGCCCUUUGACAGCGAUGACACAGAUGAUGAGUCCUCACCCAGCCCCUCAGGGACGCUGCAGAGCCAAGCCAGCCACUCCACCAUCUCCUCCAGCUUCGGCAACGAAGAGAUCCCAAGCUGCAAGGAGGCCACUGUGGAGACCACGAGCUCAGAGGAAGAGCAGGAGCCUGGCUUCAUGCCCAUCACUGGCAGCUACAGCCAAAACCAGCGUGGGGAGAGCCCCACGGACGGGCGAGCUCUGCGCCGCUCCAGCCGCGGCUCCUUCACCCGCGGCAGCCUCGAGGACCUCCUCAGCCUGGACCCCGAAGCCCAUCAGAGCUCCAUGUGGUUGGGCACUGAGGAUGGCUGCAUCCACGUGUACCAGUCCUCGGACAACAUCCGGAACAGGAAGAACAGCAUGAAGAUGCAGCACUCUGCUGCUGUCAUGUGCAUCUUGUACCUGGACAACCAGGUCUUUGUCUCGCUGGCCAACGGGGAGCUCGUUGUGUACCAACGGGAAGCAGGCCGCUUCUGGGACCCCCAAAACUCCAAAUGCCUGUCCCUGGGCUCCCCAGGGAGCCCCAUCACCAAGAUGGUGGCGGUGGCAGGGAAGCUGUGGUGCGGCUGCCAGAACAGAGUCAUCGUCCUCAACACCGCCACCUUGGCACAAGAGCACACGCUCCAGGUGGGCCAGGACAGCGGGCGCAGCGUCACCUGCAUGGUGAGCACAGGCAGCGGCGUCUGGGUGGCCCUGCAGAGCAGCGCCCAGGUCAGGCUCUACCAUGCCACCAGCUACGAGCAGCUGGCCGAGGCUGACAUCACCCCUCCCGUGCACAAAAUGCUGGCAGGCUCGGAUGCCAUCAUCCGGCAGCACAAAGCAGCCUGCCUGCGGAUCACAGCCCUGCUGGCUUGCAAGGACCUGCUGUGGAUCGGGACCAGCGCCGGCGUGGUGCUGACCCUCUCCGUCUCGGCCAAGGCGGCUCCGACGCUGGUGGGACUGUCGCAGGGUCACACCGGGCACGUUCGCUUCCUCACCGCCAUCGAGCUGCCCGAGGGCUUCGAUCUCCUCUUCCCGUUGCCGAGGGAAACAGGGGCCGAGAAGCCAAACGAGGCAGAGAAACGAGACCCCUCACGCCCCCGUGCCCCUGCCCUGGCCCUCUCCAAACCCAAGAUGCUGGUGAUCAGCGGCGGGGACGGUUACGAGGACUUCCGCCUGACCAGCAGCAGCGAAACGGUGGGACGGGACGACAGCACCAACCACCUCCUCCUCUGGAGGGCAUGAACAGCCGUGGUCCCCCCACCCUGGGACCAUCCCAGCAUGGAAAGGGGGUGCUGACCCCCCUUAUAUGCAGAGAAAGGGGUCUUGAUCCCACCUCCCCACCACCCCCCACCCCAGCGCCUCUCAUCUCCGACCCAGCUGCUCUCUGUGUGCUCGGGGUUGGGGGGGGAUGAGCUCCGGUCCCCCCACUGUCCCCCCCCCAGCCACCACAUUGAACUGGGAGGGACACACAGACACAGACACACACACAUGCACAGACAGACACCGCUUUGGGGGUGUGGAGAAGAUUUAGGGGGUGGUGGAGGGCUGUGUGCUCUCGGGAAGACUCUACUGAAGGAGCAUCCGUGGGGACCAGCCGGAGGAUGCCCUACAGCCAGGAACCUGCCUCGCUCGCUCUCUGGUUUUGUGUGUGCCUGCUUUGGGGAGGAGGGGACAAGGAAGGGGUCCCAGUGCUGUCAUACCUCUCCUUACCCUUCUCCCACAACCCCAAGGGGGGGACCCCUCCUGGCCGUGCUGCGGGACCACCCCAAGGGCCAAUCCACCCCGGGGAGCAGCCGCCCACCCUCCGCCCUGGGCUGCCCGCUAACCUGCUCGCUCCAUCGCCAGCACCCAGAUAGCUCUGUUUGUUUGUUUGUUUGUUUGUUUUAAAUAUAUAUAUAUUAUAUAUAGAUAAA